CGUGUAUUUUUCUAUGUACCAGUGCCGGGGGUUCAAAGUCGUCGUCUGAUGCUUCGUAUAUUGUGAAAAAAAAAAAAGAAAUAAAAAAUAAAAAAAAAUAUCUUAUUGCACUUGGACUCGACAGUGCGACAAUCACAGCAUCAUUUAAUAAUAAUUAUAAAUAAAAUUUAAUAUACCAUUGAUAUAUUAAUUAAAAAAAAAAAUUAAAUAUUAUUUUUAACAAUUAAUUAAUAAUAAUUAAUAACAAAUGUGUGAUGUUUUUUAAUAGUAUUAAAAAUUUGAGAUAUCUUUAUUGGUGUGUUGGCCUCCAAGUGUAGUCAAUCGUUAUAUUUUCUAACCUUUUUUGUCACUAUCAUCAUCAUCAUCAUUAUCUUCUGUCAUAAUAGCUAAUAAUUAUUAUAUUAAAUAAUACAAGGUUAUAUUUAAUCAAAAUAAUAAAUAGAACAACUACAAUUGUUAUUAAUUUUUUGUUUAAAAAUAGUUAAAAGUUGUUGUUGGUGAAAAAUUAAGUGACAUUUGUUUGUUUUUGAUUAAUGAGAUAAUGUCAAAAUCAUGAUAUUAAAGUGCAUAAAGUCGUAGCAGGUUGUCCUGUGGAUUUUCACGAGGAUAACAUAUUUUUUAUUUUCCUCAUUGUAUGGGGAUCGACAUCGACGAGGAAGGUGCCCGGUGACGCCCAAUGGAGCAUCCUCAAUAUCUUAACCAUAUUUUCAAAUAACUCCAAAUUUUUACAUUAAUUUAGCUGUUUUUUUUCUAUAUAAUUUAGAAUAUUAUUUGUUGUUUUUUUUUUUUUUUUGUUUUGUUUUCUUUCUUUUUUGUUUGUUUGUUUGUUUUUUUUUAAAUAUAUUAUUUAGUGGUUUUUUUGAAUAAUAAAUAAACAAAGACACUUGUGUUGUUUAUUUAAAAAAGUGUAAAUAAUAUUAUUUUUAUUUAUUUGUGUUGUUUGUGUUGAUGUUAUCAUGGCAUCUUCGAAUAUUGGAAUACAAAUUGGCAAUGCCUGGUUUCAAAGAAAAAUUAAUCUUCGACCACAACAUCGAGGUGUACAUCUUGUAACUGAAGAAAUUCUAAGACAAAUACCAGAACUUUGUCAAUUUUCAGUUGGUCUUUGUCAUGUACAAAUACUUCAUACAUCAGCGAGUCUAGCUUUGAAUGAAAGCUGGGAUCCAGAUGUUAGAGAUGAUAUGGAAAUGAUGUUGAAUAAAAUAAUACCUGAAGAAAUGCCAUAUAGACACAGUUGUGAAGGUCCAGAUGAUAUGCCAGCACAUGUUAAAGCUUGUUUUCUUGGUUCUUCCUUGAGUAUUCCAAUAACAGAUGGUAAAUUAGCACUAGGUACAUGGCAAGGUGUUUGGUUUUGUGAGCAUAGAAAUAAUGCUGGAAGUCGCAAACUUGUGAUAACACUUACUGGAUGUUUAAGAGAUUCAACACGUAGUCCUCUAAGUCCUGUCAGUCCAAUAGCAUCAACAAGCAGCUAGGAAUACUCACACCCCCAACAACGUAAUAAACGUUAUUUAUCUGUAAAUCCAAUAAGCAAGACAAGCUAACAGCCACAUAAAUUAUACAUAUAUAUUAUUAAAUAUAUAUAUAUUUAUUUAUUAAAUAAUUUCAUUCCAUGGAAAAAGUAAUUGAAUAUGAUAUUUAUUUUUUAUUUAUUUCGAAAAAUAAUUACAAAAAAAAAUAAAGAUAUAAAUAGUGAGAUAUAUUUAAAUGCAAAUAUGAAAAAAUUAAAAUUCAGCAAUGUUAAAUUAGCUGCUAAAUUUAUUAAUAAUAAAUCAUAAGAAAAAUAAUAAUCGAAUUAUUUUCGAAUAAAUUUGUAGAGAAAUCAUUUUCAUGAUUUCUCGAUAGACAUAUCUAUUUUUUUACUUUUUCGUCUGAUUUUUAAUUUAAUAAUUAUUUAUUUGUUUAAUUAAUAAUAAAUAGGUUUUUUUUAUUUUUUCAAAAUUAUAUAUUACAUAUAUAAAAUUAAAUUUUCACACUUUUUUCUCUUGACUCUUGAUAUAAAUUAAUAAUAAAAUUUGCAUUUUGAAAAUUUAAAAAAUAAACUACGGCAUUCCGGUAUUAUUAUGCGUCCAAAACACCGAAUUUAAUUAAUAUUAAAUAAAUAAUUUUAUUUGAGAUACAUUUUUUAUAUGAUAUAAAAAAAAAAAGGAAAAAAAUAAAUUAAGUAAAAUCUAUUGAGUAAAACACUUGAAUAUAUAAUUAAUUUAAAUUUUAAAAUUUUAGUUAUUUUAAUUUUUUAAUUUUCAUAUGGAAUAAUACAGGCGAAAAAUGUUAAACAGUUGCACAAAAAUGUAACUCACUGCUUGUUGUAGGCUAGUAAUUUGACGAUAAAAAAUAAAUCAAUAAUAAAAAAACAAUUUUUAAAUAAGAAAAAAAAAUACCAUCAUUUAAAAACAUGACGUUUCUAUUGAUUUUUGGGGGUGUAAAUAAAGAUAUUGUUAACUUUAAAUUUUUUGCUGUGGUAAUAAAAUGUUCAAGGGUCCACUCGAGUCACAAAAAAAAAAAAUAAAAUAAAUAUUACAUAAGACAAAAAAAAAUCACAAUAUUAUGAAAGAAAUAAUUUUUCGACUUUGUAAUUAAAGAAAAAGAAAAUCAUCAAGCUAAAUUUCGAUGAUAUUAAAUUGACAAAUAAAAUAAAUCUAAUGAAUUUUUUGUUUUUUAAUUUCUAAAUUUGAUAAACAAACUUGAAAAUUAUUUUUUUCAAUAAAAAUUGAUCAAGUGACAGAGAUAUAAUGACAAGAAAAAUCAUGUGUAUUUAAACUUCCUCAUGUUGUCAUUGAUAAAAACAUCUGUGUUUGUUAAAUAAUGACAACAUUUUUAAAUGCUCAAAUGACUGUUCAAAUUUGCCCUGUUCAAAUGUAAGACCCAGCAAACUAACUCAAGCAAAGAAUUGAUAAAAAAAGAAUAAAUAAAUAAAUAAUAAAACAAAAUGAAAUAAUAAUUAUUCUGAUAAAUAAAUAAAUAAUAAAUGACUUUAGGUAAAAUAAAUAAAAUAAAUCCACAAGUUGCAGUAAAUUAAUCUAAGCUUUGACAUGAGCUUUAAAUCUUAUCUAACUUACAUAUUUUAAAACGAGCAGUCGGUGUUAGCUAUUUACGAUAUUCCUUACAUUAAAUUAAAUUAAUCGUCCACUACAAUAUUCGAAAUUAAAAAAGAAAUAUAUUAAAAGCUUUGAAAAUUUAAAUAUGCUGAGAAAAAAAAAUAAUAAACCAAAUAUUUAUAUUAUAUAAUAAAAUAAUAAUUAAAAAAAAAAAAACAAAAACAACUUCAUAUGUUUAAUAUUAAAAAAUGCGCUCAAAUUACGAUACAGCUGAAGAAAAAUUUAUAAAAAAUAAAAAAAUGUGAAUUAAAUAAAUACGCAGUGCAAGGAUUUUUAUGGUGCAAAUAAUAAAAUCCUUCUUGUCCAAUGACUUAUGAAACAUAAACUAAAAACUAUUUAAAAAAAAAAGCUCGCCGGCACUUUGUUACACACAAUACUGACUGUUUCAAAAUGAAAAAAAAAAAAGCUAAUAAUUAAAUAGAUAAACAGAAAUAAACAUGGAUUUAAAUAAUAAUU